AUUAUAGUUUUUAAAUUAAACAUUAAACUUUGGCUAGUCUCUACAAAAAUCCUCCCUCCGCCAAAUACUGAAACGAAGCAGAAGACGAACCAAAAUGGCAGAGAAACCCAGUAAAACCGUGGAGGAAUGCCAAGCCAUGAUUCAAAAGAGUUUCCGAACUCCCAUGGUAAGGUUUUUGAGGGAGCACUUGGAGAAAGCUGGGUGUGGUGUAGGAGACAACUUUGUCAAAGCUGUUCAUUGCAACCAACAAAUGGCCGGUGCCUACACUCGCGGUGAAGGGGUAAGAGUGUGUAGUAAUUAUGUUCGGAUUCAAGAUGAUGUCAACAUAGUGGUAAUUCGCGAGCUAAUUCAUGCAUUCGACGACUGUCGUGCUGCCAACUUGGAUUGGUCUGAUUGUGCUCACCAUGCUUGUAGUGAGAUACGAGCUGGUCAUCUCAGUGGUGAUUGUCAUUACAAGCGGGAACUACUAAGAGGUUUUAUGAAGUUACGAGGGCAUGAACAAGAAUGUGUCAGAAGAAAAGUUCUCAAAUCAUUGUCUGCAAAUCCCAAUUGUUAUGGUUUAGCUGCCAAGGAUUCUAUGGAAGCUGUAUGGGAUGUCUGUUACAAUGAUACACAACCCUUUGACAGAGCCCCUUGACCACUGCAUGGUUGGUAUUAGCAGAUAGUACUGCAACUAUCUCAGUUAUUCUUUCUUUGAGGAGCAUUUUUUCAUAGCUACAGGCUUAGAAUGGCCCAUUGUUGAGUAGUUCAAAUGUGAUUCAAAUUGAAUCUUGAAUGCUUCAUAACCAAUGGCCCAUUGUUGAGUAGUUCAAAUGUGAUUCAAAUUGAAUGUUGAAUGCUUCAUAACCAACAGAAAAAUUGAAUACUCACUUAAUUUUAGUGGAAAUCUCUCAAAUUUUGUUCA